AAUGGAAAAGCGAAUUUUCAAGAUCUCGCCUGAUUUGAUACACAACUAUUUAUACGGGAAGAAGCGGACAAUCUGCAAAAUCAGAGAUGAUCACUCAGUUUCCUCACUGCCCUUUGAUGACGAUCAGCCAGCUGAUUACUUUCCAAAAGAGCACCUUAUACUUCCAGAACAAGUGGAAAUUGAUCAUUCUAACAUACCUUGUGAGAAACUUGGUGUUUUUUCCACUAUGUGGAUAAAAGAGGGCACUCAGAUGGGGCCUUACACUGGACGCAUAAUAAAGGCAACAAACCUGAGCCUUGGCGAGCCAAACAAUUUCAGCUGGGAGAUAUUCGAUGAAUGCGGCCAGUUGACACAUUUUGUUGAUGGAAAGGAUGAGCUUCAUAAGAACUGGCUUUGCUAUGUUCAAUGCUCACGUUUCGAUCAAGAGCAGAACCUAGAGCUGGUGCAGAUAGGAGAAAACAUCUACUACCGCGCCAUAAAAGACAUACCACCACAUCAAGAGCUUCUGGUGUGGUAUGGAAACACAACUAACCAGUUCCUUGGCAUCCCAGUGUCAAGUUACAUAAGUGAUGAUGCAGCGAAAAGGAAAACUGAGAAAAAAGCUAUGAUGAACCGCAUAAUCAGAAGCAACAAAGUAGCAUUACUGCCUGGCCGUUUGCGGUGUACUGUUUGCCGCAGAGGAUUCAACUCGCGGAGUAAUCUUCGUUCGCACAUGCGGAUUCAUACGCUAGAAAAGCCGUUCGAAUGCAAGUUUUGUAAAAAAGCCUUCAGCCAGUCAUCAACACUUCGAAAUCACACAAGACUCCACACAGGAGAGAAACCGUAUGUAUGCAAUGUCUGCGACAUGGCCUACAGUCAACUGGCAGGGCUCCGCGCGCACCAAAAGAGCGCUCGUCAUCGACCAGUUGUUAACCUACUGAAUGGAAUCGGAGGUUCGUCGAAACAAAACAAAGUGAGUUGUCCGAAGUACCCCUACUCAUUUGAACAUGGAUCUGUCUCCAUGGGCCUGACCAAAGGAAACGAAUGGAAAAGACAUAACGAUAUUGAAGUCAGGCAUGACCACAACAUGUAAAAGGCCCACAGUUUCAAACAAUAGCAAAGGCGCUCAUACUUCAUCUGCUGUCGUAUUCUUAGGAUAAUAUGUAAAAAGACGCUUUAUCAGUAAUGAUACGACAAGGAACUGUAAAAAAACAUUUAAAGCCUUAUUCCGCUGAAUAUGUAACCAGCUACAGUGGAAUCCUGAUAUAACGAACUCUGAAGGGAACCAGAAAAUAGUUCGUUAUAUCGGGAGUUCGUUAUACCGAGAGACAAGGUUUUUUGGGUCCUUUCGCAGUUCACACCUAAAAAAAACUGCGGUGGGCUUGUUUAGGCUAUCUCCAACCUCCUUGCACAAUUAACUCUAAAAAAGCAAUCUUAAUUCAAAUAAUACAACUGGCUGGUAAUUGAAAAUGAAAAUAUUAAUGUUCCUUUCAUAAUUUGGGACCAAGAGAUUGGCAAAGUAUCACUUUGCUCCUAGUUGGUGCCUGAAUGAUGUCUUCGAUUACUUUACAUCUUUAUUUGUCUUCUGCUGCUACUCCAUCUGGGUCUCUCAAAAAAGUUUUGUCGUCGCUCAUUGCCAAUGUAUCAUAUGUAACAGGGUAUUCGUUAGUGUCCAUGUAUACCCAUUCGUAGUAAUUUCUGACGCAAUCAAACUUUCAUCUCGUGCACUGAGUCUAUCAGCCAGUGCUUGAAAUGUAUCAUCGGCAUGUUUUACCGAUUGAAAAAUUAUUUUCCCCCAAGAGAAAGUGAUAAAUGCACACCGAAAAUAAAUGGUAAAAAAUAACAGGUGAAAAAUUUAUGAAAAGUUCGUUAUAUCGAGGGUAGUUGUGAUGAAGGGACCUAAAAAUUUGUUCGUAAUAACCAGAGUUCGUUAUAUCCGGGGCUCGUUCUACCGGAUUCCACUGUAUUGUUCAGGGAGGGUCCUUUUAGACAACCGACGGAAACUGUUCACUUCUAAGACCUAAUCCGUACGUAAAACGUCACAGAAGCAGUGUUUCCUAGGAGUAACGUUCUAAUUACGUCACAAGCGUAAAAACUAACCCCAGGUGGGGUUUUAGUGGUUUCAAAAUGCGGUAACUUGUAAUGAUUUUGAUUGUAAAAUAUUUCAUUAACGAUUGUUGAAUAGAUAAGAUAAAUACAUUAAUAUUUACUGUUCUCGAGCCAUAAAUACUUACUGAGCAAUAUUUAGGGCCAAAUCUUGAUCCUCAAAAUUUGAUUUCAAGAAAAUGGAAAGAUCGACAUAAUUGUGCUCUUCAACGCGAAAAUGGAAAUCUUUGGGUAAGAAAACAAAAGGCAAAAACAAGUCACACAUACGCGGAAAGACUUUCU